GAGGGCGAUGAGCACGAGAAGCUGUUGUCCUUCUUCCCCACCAUCGCCCCCGUCCAUGUCCGAACCUCCAUAGUGGGCCUGGCGCAGGCGGUUGCCUCCUUCGCUGACACUCUAACCCAGGAUGACUGCCGCUUCAAAUCCAUGGUCGCGGAGCACAACAAGUGGGUCAUGUUCGAAUGCGAGCCCAGCAUCUGGCUGCUGGUGAUCGCUCGCAAGUCCUGGGCUGGCGCCAGCUGCACGGACGCCGCCUACAAGGCCCUGCUGACCAGCACCUACGAUGUAUUCGUACUGCUGCACGGCAGGAUGUCCAUGCUGCUUGAACAGGACCCCACCGGAUUCGCCGUACGACGUGUACUGCAGCCCCUGCUCGACGAGGUGAGCAGCCGCCUGCUGCGUCCCGAGGCGGCGGCGGCACGCGAGGCGGGUGGGCACUGGUCGCUGCUCGCCAACCCGUUGGGGCCGCACUCGGCGGGGGUGGUGCCGCUGCUCACCACCUCGCAUGCGGCGUUCCUGGCCGUACAGUGUCUGGUCCAGCAGCUGCUGGUUGCCUCCUUCUACGGCACCCGCCUGGUCGGGGGUGUGAUGGUGCUCUGGGGCGGCAUGCCGCUGGCAUCCACGCUGGGCCCCGAGGACACGGCGGCGCUCACCACGCUGGCAGCUAGGGCGCUGGCGCCGGCGGCACGGGCGGCGCAAAGGCCCCGACCCGGAGUCGCAGCUACCGCUCUGGCCCUAGCAGGCGCCGGACCCGCCAGCGGUGCAGCCGCCGGGGAGCCGGCGUUCGACACGCUCCUCAGCCCGUUGCAGUGGCGCGCCGGCGGCGGCAUACAUCCCCCCGCUCCCUCGCCGCCGCCCCCGCCGUCGCCGCCACCGCUGCCGCCGUCAGCGGCGACAGGACUCAGCGGCGGAGGCGCCAGCUCGAAUUCAGGGCUGUCCAGCGGCGGCGUCGUACCAGCGGCGCCGUCACUUGCCAGCGGCGCCGUCAGCACCGUCGCCGGGUUUCUCAGCGGUUUCGGAGCGGGCGCAAGUCUGCUGGCGGCGGCGGCAGGACUCUCCGUCAGCACGCCGACGCUGCCCGUCUCUUCUUCCGCUGCCGCCGGGCCGUCGUCGUCGUCGCCGUCACCGCCAGCCUCAACACCUUCAUCGUCGACGGCAGGAGCCGCGGCUGCUGCUGCCGCUGGCGGCGGCGUUGGCGGCGUCUCCGGAGUGGGUUCGGCGCUGCCUCCGUUUCUGUCGUCCUUCUUGCGGCCCCGCCUGCGUCCUUCCAUGUACUCCUCAGGCAGUGGCGGCGGCGGCUCAGCGGGUGUGCUGCCUCUGGAGGGACCUCUACCGCUGACGAGCGUGUGGCUCAGGGGAUCCAACGAGUGGGCUCAGCUGCUGCCGUACCACCGCGGCCCGCUGUUGGUGCUGGCGCUGCUGCACGACGGGCCUCCGCCGGCGCCCGAGGUGUUGGCGGCGCUUGCGGCAGUUAUGGGUCGCGGCGCGGGGCCGGCGGCGGCGGCGCUUGCGGCGGAGGUGCCGGCACGCAGCGUGUGGCACGAGAAGGGGCACCGCUACUGCUUCACGGAUGCCACCUGUCACGCGGCUAGGUUCACACCGCCUAAGAAGGUGCUCACCCUCUCCGCGGGGGUGCUGCGGCACAUGGGACACCUCCGCAACAAGAUGGACGAGUGGGAGGGUGCACAGCGGCAGCGGCAGCAGCAGCAGCGGCUGCUCAGGCAGCAGCAGGGCCAGCAGCAGCUGGAGCAGCAGGGGGCGGCGGCGGCGGCGGGCGCUGCUGGCACCAGCACUGGCGACGAGGCGCCCUCCGGUAGCAACGCUCCCCCCAACCCAAACUCCACCACAGCCAUGCCACCAGCCACCUCGAGCACCCAAGCACCCCCCUCCCUUGGCUUCUCCUCCCCUUCCUCCUGUGACGACGACGCGGAGUUGGUUGUUCGUACGGCACGUGACGCCUGGCUUGUACUGCGGGCGGCCCCCGGAGGCCGGAGGCUGUACACGGCUUCGGAGCAGGGUCAGGGGCAGGACGCAAGCCUGAUGUCGGGAGUGGCGCCCACAGAGGCCUUAUGCGACCGCUUGUUCCCAGGGGUGUUCCUGAUGCCGUAGAAUGGCAUCCGUAGGACGCAUGGUUGGGGGCUUUGGGGGAUACCGGUAGGCAUGUAUUGCUAGGGUUCUGGGGCAAAACUGGUUAGGCAUGGCUACAUGUGCAGGAUGUAGAUGCAAAGGAAGGAAACCAUUGCAGGGUUGGCUCCCCGUUGCUGUGCAAUUGCUGUUGGCUGACCGCAGCUAUAUGGUUGGGCUUUGUGCGGCGGUUGGGGGACGAAUGCUUUGGCGUGUUGCGGAGGACGUGCAUGGAGGCAGGCUGUGGAUGUGUACUCUGGUAAGCGAAGAACGGACACGGCGUUGCAUAACUUGCUGUAGACCAAGCUACUC